AUGCAAGGUGCCAAUUGGAAAGAGCAUGAGGUGCUUCAGAGGUGGUCUUCUGUGAAAUUGGCACAGUUCCCGCAGUGUAAGAAUUCUGAAGUGACAAAGAUCCAUAUCUAUGAUUUCGAUCAAACGUUAUUUGUUUCGCCGCUGCCGAACCCUGUUUUGUACCCGCCAUCGACAAUUAACCAUUUGAGGUAUCCUAAUUCUUUGGCUAAUGGAGGUUGGUUCAUGAAUAGCGAUAUUCUUGAGUAUUCGGUUCUAUGUAGGAAGGGUAAAGAUUCAGGGAAAUGGAAUUUAACAGUGGCAGAAUUGGUGUCUAUGUCCAUUGCUGAUGAGAACACGUUAUGUAUCCUGCUUACAGGACGCUCGGAGGCUCAGUUCACGAGGGUUAUCGAGGAAGCGAUGAAACAGUUUCAAGAGGAUUUUGAAUUGUCCCGUGGGUUUGAUGCUGUUUGCUUGAAAAAGGAACAGAUGACGACAGCAAGUUAUAAGACUUCGCUUAUUGUAUCGUUGUUGGACUUUUACAGUAACGUGAACCAGAUAUCUAUAUACGAUGACCGGGAAAGACAUUGCAAGAUGUUCCGCGAGUUCCUGAAGAACUAUGCGGAGACAGUUCGGCCCGCGUUGAUACCCUCUGUAGUGAUCGUACCGGCGAUCUUUUACUAUCUCCCAUCAGAUGUGGAGAUAGAGCUAGUUCACAACAUGGUCGCUGACAGCAAUAAAAUUGUGCAAUCCAUCAAUGAGAGGAAGAAGCACCAGAAGCACCAAAAGAAGAAAUCUUUCAAUAAGUCUGGUGUUUCUAACGGCAAUUUUAACAUUUUCCACCUUCACAACUCUGCGAUGCACUCGUCUUACGCGCUGGACGUCGAGACGACGAUAAGAUUGCAAGAAAAAGCGAUACACUUCCUUAAGAGUUUCGAAGACCUCGAUGCAGACGCUAUCCCCGAAUCGUUAGAUUGGUUCCUUUACCCGUAUAUCCCAAUAAGCCUUCACGAAUCAGUUGCCAAAGUGAGUGUCAAUGAUAUAGCUGAAUUGUUGCAUGAAGAUGGGAAUGUAAGAGAUGCCAACUCCCUUGCUUCAAAUAUCCAAAAAGGUCACCAAUACCACCAAAGAUCUUGGCAAAUUAAGGACUUUGUAUAUGUUGCUCAUGGAAACGUUAUUGGAUUCCGUGUUGAACCAGCAGAUACUGUGUCAGAGGUGCCUGCGUCAUCAUAUUACACGUAUCUGCUUCUCGCGGGCCCGAAAAGCAUUUCGUUUUAUACUUCUCAAGAAAUGCACAACUUGAGAAAUGCAUUCCAUCAUUACUUUGUUAUAGAUUCGAAAGACCAGGAGGUCUUCACUACGUAUUUGGGAGUAUAUCACAACUUUAGAUUGAAGAGUGCCAGAUAA